AUGAAGGAAACGGCACCUCCGGGUACAGCGACCCACAAUCAGCAAUACGACCAACAAUACGACGACCAGAACGACGCGAGCAUGAACGGAAGCGCGACAAAGAACGAAAGCGGAGAGGCAAAGAACGAAAGCGGAAACGAAAUGCGAACGGGAGGGACGGAGGCGGAAGGGGGCGGGGGAGGCGGAAUGGAGGGGGCGCUGGGUCUGCUCUUCCUGCAGCAAACCACGCCGGGCCACCCGCGGGGCGAUAUCACCCAGGCCAUCACCUUCCGCAUUGCGGAGCUCCUCUCCGCGCAACUCGUAGUCGAAGAGAAGGUGCUGUUUCCAGUGCUGCUGGCAUGUGGGGAGCGAGGCAGAGCAUUGGUCGACGCGGCACGCGCCGAGCAUCCAGCGAUGAUGACCGGCCUGGUGGCGCUUCAGGGGACACACUACACUCAACCAUCCUUUGGGCCCACCAUCGAACCACUCAUCGCACUCAUUGCCAAGCGCAGUUAUCGGGAGGAGCAGGAGAUUCAGCCCUGUCUCCAACAGCGCCUCGCACCGACCGACUACGCCGAGCUCACCCGCCUGGUCGACCGCGUGCGCGAACUCAAGUCGAGCGACCACAACAUCGAAACCAGCGUACGCGCCCUCGCCGACAAGCUCAAGGCCACCUGA